AUGGAAUCUGAGAAACAACUGGUACGUAUAGAGAAACCUGCAAAACAAGUCUGGAAAGAAGUGAAACAUAGAAAUUCAGGUAAACAAAAUAUUGAAUCAAAUUAUAAUGAUGCUGAAACAACUAUUGUUAUGCUGAAUGAUGGGGAGAAUGUUUUGGAGACAAUCAAACAACUGGAAGAUACCUUAGCAAAAGCUGAAGAUGAUUUACGCAAGGCAUCUGAGGAUUGGAAAACUAAGCAGGCUGCGUUAGAGUAUGCUUCUUCUAAGAAAUCCACUAAACCGGCUAAGCAAACAACUUCUGCUGAGAAACCAACUAAUUCUGGAGUAGUUUUAUCUCCUAACAAAUUUAGUGUGCUCGAGAAUGAGGAAGGUUUAAAUGAGAAUGUUGAUGAUGUUGAAAGUGAUUCAAGUUCAGAUGAAAAUUUUUCAGUUGCACAAGCAGCCUUGGGGGUUAAAGGUAAGAAGUGGGAUGAGCUGCCUUUGGAUAGGGAGACAGAGAUAGCAAAAGGGCGAUCAGAAGGAAGUUCUCGUAAGCCUGGAAGUUCUAAUGCUGCGAUAUUGCUUUACUGCAACAGCAUAACAAUAGGGCGAAUACAAGACAGGACACUACACGCUGGUAAGGAGAGUAUAAAUUUAGUUCAUGAGGUUGCUGUUCAUGAUGAUAUUGUGAAGUCUGGGAACGUGAUUAUUGAAUCAAUUCAUGAGAAGUCUGAUGAUAAACAACUAGAAGAGCAGCUCGAAAAAGCUUUUACUGAGUAUCGUGAAGCUCAGACUAAGUUGAUGAGAUGUAAAAACAAUAUUUCAGCCAAAAAAGAUCUUGAUUUACGUAAUAAUUCUGUCCAUAUUGACAAUGCAGAUAGUAGACAAGGGAACUCUAGCAAGCGAAGCCAUUCCCGGACUAAUGAAACUACUCAGCAAGAGUCCGUGCAAACUAGGGAAGCUCAGCAAGAGUCCGUGCAAACUAGGGAAGCUCAGCAAGAGUCCGUGCAAACUAGGGAAGCUCAGCAAGAGUCUGUGCAAACUAGGGAAGCUCAGCAAGAGUCCUUGCAAAUUUUGGGAGAUCAGUCCGUGCAAACUUUUAAAGCCCAGCAAGAGUCCGUGUCUAAAAAGAAUUUGGAAGAUAUUCCAAAUAUUCAGUCUGUGACCAAGUAUGAUUCUGAGUUUAUGGCCGUGACUAAUCCAAACUCAAUUACGGAAACUUCUUCAAAUUCCGUGUCCAAGCUAAAUCCAAUGCCAAACUCUGUUAUGGAAAAGGUUAACGUCAAUAAUGUGCAGGCUGGUAAGGAGAGUAUAAAUUUAGUUCAUGAGGUUGUUGUUCAUGAUGAUAUUGUGAAGUCUGGGAACGUGAUUAUUGAAUCAAUUCAUGAGAAGUCUGAUGAUAAACAACUAGAAGAGCAGCUCGAAAAAGCUUUUACUGAGUAUCGUGAAGCUCAGACUAAGUUGAUGAGAUGUAAAAACAAUAUUUCAGCCAAAAAAGAUCUUGAUUUACGUAAUAAUUCUGUCCAUAUUGACAAUGCAGAUAGUAGACAAGGGAACUCUAGCAAGCGAAGCCAUUCCCGGACUAAUGAAACUACUCAGCAAGAGUCCGUGCAAACUAGGGAAGCUCAGCAAGAGUCCGUGCAAACUAGGGAAGCUCAGCAAGAGUCCGUGCAAACUAGGGAAGCUCAGCAAGAGUCUGUGCAAACUAGGGAAGCUCAGCAAGAGUCCUUGCAAAUUUUGGGAGAUCAGUCCGUGCAAACUUUUAAAGCCCAGCAAGAGUCCGUGUCUAAAAAGAAUUUGGAAGAUAUUCCAAAUAUUCAGUCUGUGACCAAGUAUGAUUCUGAGUUUAUGGCCGUGACUAAUCCAAACUCAAUUACGGAAACUUCUUCAAAUUCCGUGUCCAAGCUAAAUCCAAUGCCAAACUCUGUUAUGGAAAAGGGUACGACCAGACCUGAGUUUAUUUCUAAACCAGGGACACCUAAAGAGGAUUGGAAAAUAGUUAAAAUGUAUGCGGUGAGCGUGGAUCGAACAUUCUGA